AUGCAAAAGACAUUCAGUGAUGGUACUCCUCAAUCCAAUGAGCACGACAGUGAAAUACCUCAAGAGGGCAUAGUUGAUUAUUCCAGGUUUGGUGGUAAUAACGAUAGCAAUGCAUCAAUAGAUGCAAAUAACUUUGAAGAGAAUGGAGGUAUCGACCUAGGUGGAGGAAAAUCUCUUUGUCGAUUUUUUCAACGUGGUUCUUGUCGUUACGGUGAAAGCUGCAGAUAUUCUCACGAAAGCAGUGCACCAAUUUCAGUGCAAAAAUUUGGUGUACUCACUCAUCCAAAAAGUGCCACGCCGUGUCGUUUCUUCGCUAAAGGAUACUGUCGGUAUGGGGAUGAUUGCAAAUUUGCUCAUGGUGGCGGACGAUUUCAUCACGAUAAUGGUAUCACAUCCGUCAAUGAGCCUGAUGGUAUGCCUCGUGGCGAAUGGGCUAAACUUUCGGGUGAAGAUGUCAAUGACAUGAUGUCACAAGGAGUUAAGCCGUGGGACGAAGAUGCUCAAGUAUUGGAAGUCAUGAAUCAAUCUCAUUUAUUCUGA